GUUUUUAAUCAUCACUUUGUUACCAUAUUUGUUGGCCUCAGGUCACUGUUUGUCCCUUAUUUCAAAGACUUGCUUGAUGGCUGUGUUCGAGGUCUCGAUGAUGCCGGAGAUACAAAAACUACCCUGACCCAGAAGAAGAAGAAGGCAAAGCUUAAUGAUACCACAACGGACAAAGAUGGUGCAUUAUCUAUUCAAGUGUGGCAUCGUCGUGCUUUGAUACUGUCGGCUCUGCAUAAAUGCUUUCUCUAUGAUAGUGGGAGUUCGAAGCUUCUCAAUUAUUCUGAAUUUGAGGAUCUUCGUAAAGCCUUGGUAUCGCAGCUUGUUGUUGAGCCCCCAGUGUCAUUAAAAAAGCAUGCUAAUGUACCAUCUGUAGAAGAAGUGGAUGAUUCGCUGGUUGCAUGCAUUGGUCAGAUGGCUGUUACUGCUGAUUCAGACCUUUUCUGGAAGCCAUUGAAUCACGAGGUUUUGAUGCAAACUCGUAGUGAAAAGAUACGGGCCCGUGUGUUGGGAUUAAGGAUAGUGAAAUAUCUUGUAGAGAAGUUGAAGGAAGAAUAUUUGGUACUUCUGCCAGAAACUAUUCGGUUCUUGGAUGAAGUGCUGGAGGAUUCCGAGCUGCCUGUGAAAUCACUUGCACAAGAUAUUGUCAGGGAAAUCGAAACUAUGAGUGGUGAAAGCAUUAGGCAGUACCUCUGAUGUGAUGAGCCAAAUUCCAGACUGGAGUGGAGGCAUAUGUGACCGAAGCCCCAAAUCUAUCGGGGGCGCGCGCGGUCCUCUAUUACAAAUUUUGUCAGCAGUUGUAUCUGAUCUCGUGUAGAAUAUAGUAGUACUUGCUCUUUUGCGAAGGGCAAUUUUUAUAUUCAUAUUUAUAUUUGUGUAGUAAAACAUUUUUUUUUCUAUUCGUUGAAGUUUUUUGCACUGGGGGCUUGUUUGUUGAGGGUUUUUGUUGUUCCGUGCCGUUGGGCAUGGUUGUUAUUAGAUAAUUUUUUUUUGGCGG